AUGCCAAGUAUUAAGUGGCAAACGUUUGUUCAAGAGAUGCUUGAUUGGCAUCACGUUGCAACUACCUACCUUGCCUGCAUCAAUUAUGGUCUGACCGGACGAGAGGAGAGGAGUAUUAGCUACACCCACCUUAACGACUGGAACCUUUGUUAUUCUUCUGCUAUCCUGCCUAAGUACGAUAUUCCCUCUUUUGACUUCGACUACGACCUGGACUGGCCUUUUGUUGAUGAUGGGGGUGCAAUAAAUUGGCGUUGGUGGGGCUGUUACCGCGGCCUCUACCCGCCCUAUCUAGGGCGGCUUUGGUCCCAGAUGUGGUUCCCCUCUACUGUUGUCCAGGAGUGGCCGCUCCGGGAUGGACCAGUUCAUGGUCGGGUAGUAGGUGAUCUACUAGAUGCUACCCGAUUCUAUCCGCCUUAUAUGUGGAACCACAACAUGAAGCUUCUGAGGCUUAUGUUUCAUAAUACUGAGGUGGUUGAACUAGAAGACCCAUAUUCUAAGCCUGACUUCUAUUUCCGGCAUACUCUUCGGCCAAGGCAUAGGCGUGCAAGGUCAGAAGAAUGGUACACAUCGGAGAACUCUCCCUGUUGGAUUUGUCAUGAUCUUAAAUGCUCUACGUGUUAUCCAUUAGCACAACGUCUUUGGUUAUUGCUAGAAGAUUAUAAGCUGGAGUAUAGGGAUACCCCUUCACCUUCAACAGAGUCAAUAUCCAGUCCUGCUCCUCUUUCUCCUACAAGCUACUACAAUAGUAGCAUGCAAUUGGGCGCAUGGAUUGGGCUCAUCAGCACUGGUCUACGGAAAAGACAUUUUACUGAUUGGAUUAACAAAGAUACUACUCGCCCUGAGAAGUUAAGAAAGUUCGUAGGUGUUUGGGGUCUCGAGCUUUGGCAUCAUUUCUUUGAAGGUCUUGACAAUUGGGUAUAUUGUUACAAGGUCAAUCCGUUAACUCCGGCAGGGAAAGCGUUAGUGGGUGUGGUGCUAGAGCAAACCGCUGCCACACUAACUCACAUCUAUCCAGAAAAUGAACUAACCAUCCAAACCCAGCAAACCAAAAGCAACCCCGCUGACUCUGCCUAAUGCUUUUAGGGUCCACUCUGAUUAGUCUAGAAGAGAUACUGAUGAUUAUUAGGCCUGUGCUUGCGCUCUUUGAAGAAUUUCCUCUUCUUUGGCGUGCCUUUCGCGGGGACGGUUAUAUUAGUGCGGCCUAGAUUGUUUGCUGCAGUCUUAACCUUUUUUUUCCUGAUAUUGCCUAACUCUGACUGGAUCAAGUGUUUAUCGCGGGAUCGUUUCGUGGCUGAUUGGGUCUUGACUUUUUCAACGAAUGGAGGGUCGGAACUUGAAGAAGUGUUAGCAGAAACCUCUGCGUCAUCAGCGGCUACGAACUCUCUGUCGUCGGUAUCUUCCGGGUC